AAAGAUGCAGGCUUAUCGCCAAGCAUUGGCAAUCGGCAAUCGGUUUCGUUUCAUAACAUGGCCCCGCACGACACUAUCAUCAUGGUCACUGGAUGGUCGGGCGUGUUGUUGAUUUCCAUAAACUAGAUCCCAGCCCGUAGUUCGUGAAGUGAUUUCCUCUGGAGCACAACUAUAAUAUUUCCGCAUCCGCAGUGUACAAAAAUGAGCAAACUGUUAAAGCUAGGUUUUCUUGGAGGUGGCAAGAUGGCUCAGGCCAUGGCAAACGGGUUCAUCUCUGCUGGACUCACACGAGGAGAUAGCAUGACGGCCAGCUUUCAUCCGUCUGAUCAUGCAAACAUCGAAGCGUUCAAAGCGUUCGGAGCGAAAACACACGUCGAAAAUCUGCCGGUGGUGAGCGGUUCCGAGAUCAUCUUCAUCUCCGUCAAACCGACGGUCGUCGAGAGCGUGCUGCAGGCCGUCCGUCCCGCUAGUGCCGGUAAACUAUUCAUAUCGAUCGCGAUGGGCGUAACGUUGCGCGAGCUAGAAAAUUCGCUCGAGUCUACGGCUCGCGUGAUACGCGUGAUGCCAAACACGCCUGCACUGGUACGAGCCGGUGCUUCGGUGUACGUGCGCGGAUCUGCCGCCACCGAUGAUGAUUGCAAGGUGACGCAGGCACUCUUCCAAGCCGUGGGAACCUGUGAGGAGGUCCCGGAAAGUAUGAUGGAUCCCAUCACGGCCCUUUCCGGCAGUGGACCGGCGUAUGUGUUCGUGAUGAUUGAAGCAUUGGCGGACGGUGCGGUACGUAUGGGAUUGCCGCGCGACCUUGCCUACCGGUUGGCAUCGCAAACGGUGCUCGGCUCCGGAAAGUUGGUACGCGAAACUGGACGCCAUCCGGGCCAGCUGAAGGACGACGUGACGAGUCCGGCCGGUUCAACGGCUGCCGGUCUAUCCCAUCUGGAGCAGAGCGCCUUCCGACACGCUGUCAGCGGAGCGGUAGAAUCGGCCACUGUUCGAUGCCGUCAAAUUUCCAGCAAGUGACACACAACAGCGGCAUCAAUCAUCACCGUUUGCAUCCUUUUUGCUCUCGUCGGGCAAUCCCAACGGGAGAAGAACGAAACCGUGAUCCUUUAAAUACUUACUUAGUAGUUAUGUGUACAUUAAAAGCAAUCGUGUCUAAAUAGCUCAA